AGAAAGCCAGAGGAGGUAGCGAAGCACUACAUUAGUUGUGGCCAGGACCCAGACUGGAUCCAACAAAAAUGGGUGAACAAGGAAAAAGGUCGUGGUGUAGUUGCUACAAGGGAUAUUACAAGAGGUGAAUUUAUAGCUGAAUAUGAAGGGCAUCUGAUUACAGAAGAACUUGAAAGAAGGGAAGAACAAAUAGAAAGUGUCUUCAGAUAUGAAUUCACCUGGAAAGGAAAGAAACUAUGCCGGAUCAUCUGUUGGUGUACCAACCCUUGGACCUCUUUCUCCUCCUAGAGUCCCACAGACUCCCACUAAGGAACGCCUUGAUCCUCAAAAUUCAUCACGAUGUAAUGAUGGAGCUGGAUCAUCUGGUGGUGUAUCAGCCCUUGGACCUCUUUGUCCUCCUAGGAAAAAUCCUACCCUGGUACCCCUCAAUCGUCAGGAAGAUUCAUCAAGAGAACGGAGGUACACGAGAUGGGAGUCUGGGGAAACGGCUCAACUAAAAGAGUUCUUCAAAGAAUACUUCACAUCAACUCAAACAAAACUUCCAUCAAGAGCAGAAAUUAGAAAAUUCAAAAUGAGAUUUCCAGCCUUCAGACAUGAUGUAAGGACCAUAGCAACCAAGGUCAUGAACGAGGUGCGGAAGACUGAACGACUGACAGAGGAAAGAGUCAAACGACUUGGGAUAAGAUAAUGAGGUGAUGGGCUAACAGGUUAAUCGGGACAUUUAUGGUAACUGUAACACGCAUCUUUUAGGAUAGAUUCAGGAUUGUGCUUAGAAUAAAAUAAACUUACAGUCUUCAUAAAUCCCUUUUGAGUGUUUUCAACAAUCCAAUUAGUGAAGUCUUUCUAUAUGAGCUCACCUGAGCCGAAGGCUUAUAACUGCACAGAUGCUCGUCCCUGCAAAAACUGUCGCCUCAUGGGCAACAGAGCAUGCGGAUAGUGAUUAAUCAUCUAAAUAUUAGCUGUGGGGUCAUGCUUGUUAUCAAUUAUUUUAUGGUACUUUGAUGAAUUGUGUUAGGGUCCCUUACAAUCAAGUGGGUGGAGCAUUGGAGGAGUACCCUCUCAUGAUCGAGCUAUGAGGAUUUUAAAUAAAAUAAUGCAUGCAAACAUAUUUUUGAAAUGUGAUUCAGGCAAUUGCAGGGGCAGAGGUAGUUGAUGUCAGAUUUGCUGGCAGGAUUAAGAGUACAUAGGGCCCACAGGGCAACAGUUUGUUCAGGGGUGACCAUUUGGUAGGCAAGUCAGAGGAUCUCUCAAUCAAAUUUAUUGAUAAAAUACUACUAGAGGCAUAGGAUUGAAAGUUGCUCAAUUGAAGCAUGUGGUAAUUACUAAUUUGCAAUUACAUAUGACAAUUGCAUGACAUCAGGUGAGCACCAGGCCCCCUGGGGCUCUUAUCAUUUAUCCCUAACUGCCCUCCUCCAUAGUUUUGGCGAUUGCAUCGCGACCGCUACCAAUUUCAGAUUCUCGCUU